UAGAGUUUUUCUACACAAGCUGCUCUGUGUGUUAUCUCUGCCCAGUCAGACAUGAAGACAGCUCUAGCACAGAUGGAGCUUUUGAAGGAUUUCAUUUUCUUGCUCGUUUCCAGCCCCACCACAGCUCUGGGAACUGUUUUAAUUUUGUUCAUCCUUUAUUUUGUUGCUGUCAGUUUCGCCUCCAGAGACAGGAGGCCAGAGCCUCCAGGACCAAGGCACCUGCCUCUUCUUGGCAACCUGCUGCAGCUUGAUCUCAGCAGACCCCACAGGACUCUCUGUGAGCUUUCCAAGAAAUAUGGGUCUGUAUUUACAGUUUAUUUUGGACCAAAGAAAGUGGUUGUCCUUUCUGGGUACAAAGCAGUAAAAGAAGCUCUAGUCGGCCAUGCAGAUGAGUUUGGAGAACGAGACAUCUUACCAAUAUUCUCUGAUGUAAAUAAAGGUCAUGGAAUUCUGUUUGCAAACGGAGAAUCAUGGAAGCAGAUGAGACGCUUCGCCCUCUCCACCCUCAGAGACUUUGGGAUGGGAAAAAGAAUAGUGGAGGAAAAAAUCCUAGAGGAGUGUAGCCACCUGCUUCAAGUGUUUGACAAUCAGAACGGUAAACCUUUUGAUACGGCACGUCCACUAAAUUUUGCCACAUCGAACAUAAUCUGUUCCUUUGUGUAUGGAAGUCGAUUUGAGUAUGAUGAUCCCCGAUUCAUAAAGCUGGUGACUCGAGCCAACGAGACGAUACAGAAAGCAGGUUCACCCCAAGUCCAGAUCUAUAACAUGUUUCCUUGGCUGGUCGGUUGGAUAAAAAACCGACAGGUGAUUAAAAACAACUCUGAGAUGUCCAUCAGAGAUGUGAGGGAUUUAAUCCAACAGCUGAAGGAAACUCUGAACCCUCAGAUGUGCAGAGGACUUGUCGACUGUUUUCUCAUUCAGAAGCAGAAAGAUGAGGAUUCUCAUGUUAGAGACACUCACUUCCAUGAGGACAACCUGAUAUGCACUGUGACCAACCUGUUUGCUGCUGGCACUGACACCACAGCUACAACACUGAGAUGGGCUUUAUUACUGCUGGCCAAAUAUCCACAUAUUCAGGACCAGGUCCAAGAGGAGCUGGACAGGGUGAUAGGAAACCGUCAUGUUCGGGUGGAUGAUCGUAAAAACCUGCCGUUCACCGAUGCCGUCAUCCAUGAGACACAGAGGCUGGCUAACGUCGUUCCCAUGUCCAUUCCACACAAAACCAGCCAAGACGUCACCUUCCAGGGAUACUUAAUCAAAAAAGGGACUGUCGUGUUUCCUCUCCUUACUUCUGUCCUGUAUGAUGAGACUGAAUGGGAAAGCCCUCAUACCUUCAACCCCUCUCAUUUCUUGAAUGAAGAGGGUAAAUUCAUCAAGCGGGAUGCCUUCUUGCCCUUUUCUGCAGGUCGCAGGGUUUGUCUCGGAGAGAGUCUGGCUAGGAUGGAGCUCUUCCUGUUCUUUGCCUCGCUCUGUCAACGCUUUCUCUUCAGGCCUCCACCUGGAGUUUCAGAAGACGAGCUGGACCUGACCCCAGCUGUUGGCUUCACCGUCCCUCCUUCACCUCAUGAGCUGUGUGCUGUCAGUCGCCAAUGAGGAAGGAAGUGUGGCUUUUAGUUCGCCUUUUUGUGUAAUUUUCAUAGAUUAACUUUCCAAUAAUCUUAAUAAAAGUGAGCCUAAAAGAAA